AUGUCCCAUAGAAACACUGAUACUUGGCAGUUCAUGAUAACUGGUCUCAUGGAUCUCGGCAUGAAUGAAGAAACCCUAGAUUUGUACAUAAGAAUGCAUCAAGAAAUGGUGAGAAUGAAACCCAAUACUGCAAUUCAAGGCGGCGUUCUCAGAGCCUGCGCAUUCAUAGAAGAUGUAGGACUUGGUAAACAAAUCCAUGCGAAGGCCAUUAAGUCGGGUUCGAGCAAAGAUACCUAUUUGGGUUGUUGUCUUGUUGAUUUCUACGUUGAGAUGAAGUGUUUGGUGAGUGCGAGAAAGGCCUUUGAUGAGAUAUGCAAGCCCAAUGUUGUGGCUUGGACGGCCAUGAUUGUGGGGUGUGCUAGGGAGGGAGAGUUUCAUGGGGUUUUGGAGGUUUUCAGAGAGAUGGAAAGGGUGGGGAAGAGAGGGAAUUGUUACACUUACUCUUGCCUUUUAGGGGCUAGUGGGAAGAUGGGGCACGUGUGGAUGGGAAAACAGGUGCAAGCACGUGUGAUCAAAGUUGGGGUUGAGAAGGAUGUUUAUGUCGGGAGUAGUAUUGUUGGCAUGUAUGGUAAGUGUGGAUUUGUUGAGGAUGCAAGGCUUGUGUUUGAUGGCAUGAGAGAGAAGAAUGCAGUGAGUUGGAAUGCCAUGCUUUGUGGGUAUGCAAAGAAUGGGUGUUGUGAUGAGGCUAUCAAGCUGUUGUAUGAGAUGAGAUGCAAAGGUUUGGAGCCUCCACAAGUGAUGGUUAAUGAAGUUGCCAUUGCUUGUGGUGCUUAG